GGGGAAGGACAGCAUCCUUCUGUUGCUGCCUGCCGGCUGGACAGCAUCCCUGGAAUAGCAGAACUUCUCUUGUGCCCUUCACACGGCAAGAUCCCAAACUGUGUCAGACUAGCCCAACAAAGAACAGAGGAUAUGCAAACAGCGAUCCCAAACUGUGCCAGACUAACCCAACAAGGAACCGAGGAUCUGCAAAUAGUGAUCCCGAGCAUGGAAUGGGCUGCCCAGGGAGGUUUGGAGCUCCGUCCCUGGAGGUGUCCAAGGAACAGCUGGACGUGGCGCUCAGUGCUCUGGGCUGGGUGACGAGGUGGGGAUCGGGUUGCAUUCGGUAGUCUCGGAGGUCUUUUCUAACCUCAGCGAUUCCAUGAUUCUGGGGUUCCCGUGUUUCAAAGGGUUGUGUGUGCUUGUCCAGCUCUAAGCCUGCUGCUCUGCCCUUGAGGGAAGCGCUGCCAACACAAUAAACUAGCAAAAGUCAUCGCAUGGUGCUCCUGGGUGUUUAUUUCUGGAAUAAAUGCGCAAACGUGCCUUAGGGGCACAUGUAACAAGUCCCAUUAUGGCCGUGCGUGGGGACAAUUAAAUGGUGAAAGACCGGCUGGGUGAACGAACAAGUGAAAUAAAGGAGUAAGAAUUCCUCCUGGCACUUUGGAUAAGGAAUUAUGAAGGUGGAGGCGCUGCGGGCCGAGAGCGCGGCUGCGACCCCCGGGCAGCGGGAGGAGCUUUGGCUGAGAUGUACACAGCUGAAGGAAUUGGUGGAGGAGAAUACAAAAGCUCUUCAUGCUUUGAAAAAAGCUGACGAGCCAGCACCUGUGGGGAAUUACAGCCAGAGGAAGGAAGAGGAAGAAAAGCUGUUGCUAAAACUCUCCCAGCAGCUGCAGAAACUCCUUCUUGUCCUGGAUCAGGAUAAUGUGACAAAGAAUUAUGCAGGGGAUGAGGAACAACAGAAAGGUGCUCAUGCAGAAGAGGGAAAUGAAGAAGAGGAGAGUGAAGAUGAAGAAAGUGAGGAGGAAGACACUGAAGAAGAAGAAGAAGAUGAUGAGGAGAAGCUGUUGGAUGAUCCAAAUGUUAGAGAAUGUGUUGCUGUUGGAAACUUUGAUGCCCAGCAGGAAGGGGAUCUCACAUUUGUGAAAGGUGAAAUCCUGCUCAUACAUGACAAGAAGGCGGAUGGCUGGUGGGUAGCUGAAAAUUCCAAGGGGGAGAGAGGCCUCGUUCCCAGGACCUACCUGGCGGUUCCUAAAGAAGAGGAAGAAAGCCAGGAGGAGUCAGAAGAACACAUAGAGGUGGUGGAUGAAACAGCAGAUGGAACUGAAAUUAAAAAAAGAACAGAUUCCCACUGGAGUGCUGUCCGAGCCAUUGCAGAGAAUGACACUGUGGAGGUGCUGACCACCACAGGGGCAGUUCCUGCAGGAUUCCGCCCAUCCAUGCUUUUCCAGCUCCUGCAGGAAGGUGAAGAGUUUCGAGCAAGUCACUAUUUGCAACCUGAGCUUACCCCAUCCCAGCUGGCUUUUAAAGACUUGGUGUGGAACUCUGAGAAAAAUACUAUCCAUCCCAGACCCACCAGAGUGUCCCUGAUUGUCACUUUAUGCAGCUGCAAGAUGAUCCCUCUGCCUGGGACUGGUGUGCGGGUCCUCAGCCGGCACGUCCGGCUCUGCCUCUUCGAUGGCAGCCGGGUGCUGAGUAACAUCCACACAGUGAGAGCUACCUGGCUGCCUAAAAAUCCUCAAACUUGGACCUUUUCUCCAAGGGUGAUGGGCAUCUUACCCAGCUUGCUUGAUGGUGACUCUUUUGUCAGGUCCAACUCCCUGUCUUCAGACAUUGGGAUAUUGUUUGAGCUUGGAAUCACAUACAAGUGCAAUUCAACAGGUGAAAGAGGAGAGCUGAGCUGUGGCUGGGCCUUUCUGAAGCUUUUCACUUCCAGUGGGAUUCCUGUUCCUUCCAAGAUGUAUGAGCUGGUCCUGAGUGGUGGAACUCCCUAUGAGAGAGGUGUUGAGGUUGACCCAUCAAUAUCAAGGAGAGCAGGCUCUGGGGUUUUCCAGCAGCUUCUGAGCCUCAGGAGACAGCCUGUGCUUCUGGUGAAAGUGAAGUCACCAAGUGUGCACUCAAAAGACAUCCUGAACUUUCUCCCUGAAACAUUAAUUGGGGGCAUGUGCUACAUCCAUCUCCUGGUGUUUUACCGGCAGAUCCUGGGAGAUGCCCUCCUGAAGGACAGGAUGAGCAUGCAGAGCACAGACUUGAUCUGCAAUCCUGUUUUAGCAACUUUCCCUCAACUCCUGGAUCAGCCAGACCUGAUGGAUGCACUUCGGAGUGCCUGGGCAGACAAAGAAAGAACAUUGAAGAGAAUUGAGAAGAGAGACCAAGAAUUCCUGAAGUCUGCGUUUGUCCUGGUGUACCACGACUCCGUGUUCCCUCUGCUGUGCUCCACCCUCCUCCCCAGCUACAGGUGGGCUGAGGAAGAGGUGGAAAUGGCCCGCUGGAAGGUGAUCCAUGACUUCCUGAAAAGGAGCCAGGAGAAGGAUGGUGCACUGGAGUACCUGCUGUCAUCAGAGAACACCCACAGAGCCUUUGACAUCUCAGAGCUGGCCUAUGACUUCUUAGGAGAAACAAGGGAAAACAAUCCUGGAGAAUGAACAAUUCAGGCUUUUCUAAGGACGUGGUAACAAGAAAAUUAAAUUCUUACCAAAGAGGUUAUGUAGGAUCUGAAUGGUAAUGGGUAUUUUAGCACAAUCAAGAUGUUGAGAGAAAUUAAAAUUAUUUUAUCCGUUUA